GUGGAUUGCUGGCCGUGAAUCACCAUCACAAAAAUAACCAGAGAAAACACCAGUUUAAGAUGGCUGUCAGGCAUUUCAUCAUUAAGGCGCUCUGCGUGACUUUAUGCCUGGCAUAUAAUUCCCCGUCUUCCAACGAAGAAUCGGCUCGAGAAUUCAUAGAACAUGUCCUUAGAAUCCCGAACCCUGAAAAGAUAUUGAACUCAGCUCGUGGUAGACUUGAGAGGGCUCGACAGCAAGAGUUGUUGAGACAGCGUGUUGCUGAGGCUGACUGUGAAGAUCCAAGCGAGCUAUUACCAGAAUACACGGCGGCACUGCAAGGGUCAAGGGAGCUCAGGCAGCUAGGAGCACAAAAACAUUAUCCAAUAUGUCAUUUAGAAAGGAAAAUCAAGAAACUGAACACCAAUGAAUAUGAGUAUCGACCAGCAUACUAUGAAGAAGUUCGUUGCACGAUGACAUCGAGCGAUGAUAUUGGAGACAGCAAUGAGAUAUGUUCGAGUCUCGGAUUCGCGUGCGUCCAGUGGAACAAAACUAUCCAUUUAACAAGAAGACGAUACUCCAGUGACUGUUGGGAGACGAGUACCAUGGUGAUUCCUGCUGGCUGCGAGUGCAUGUGGCCGGUCCAUCGGCUUGGCGACAUGAACCUAAGAGUUUAACAAGCAAUCCACGAUGGGUGUUCCGUCCUCCAAAUCUGCAUGACAUCUGAACUAUAAUAUCUAAAAUAACUUACUACUUAAUAUAAAACGAGUUUAUAGCUUUCUUACCUAGUAAUUAAUUAAGGCUUAGUUGCAUCAAGAGGAAGCAAUAUACAUAUACUGUUUCUUUCAGAGAUG